AUGGUUCAUGGAGGCGGUUUCCUACGUUGCAUUCAAGCCAUCCUAGGUUUUACGACGCUUUUCACAAAAGGAUUGAAGAUAGCCGAUGCAGAAGAGAUGCCCGUUAAAGGUCAACGAUAA